GACCGGCAAGGGUGCGAAAGGACCCGCAGCGCCACCGGCAGAGAAGCUUGAGGAGCCGCAGCCAGCGCCCGUUGAGUCCGCGGAGGUGGCGACCGAGAGCUCAGCCGCACCUGGAAAAGGUGGAAAGAAAGGCCCUAAGGGCCCUUCCAAAGGUGUGCCCAAAGCGGCACCGGCUGAGGCCUCUCUGCAACUGAACUUGAACGUAGAAAGGUCUGCGGUGAAAUUCGCAGAUGCACCUCUCGAUGAACCAGAUUUGUCCCCAUCAAUGUCUAGCUCUCAACAGUCACCGACCUCCCGAGGCUCAAUGGCGGGUGACUUGCCUGCAGGCUCACGACCACGCAGGCGCCAACUGUCUCAUCUACAUCGACAUAGCAGUGUCCUUGACAAUGGGCCAUAG